AUGUUGAAACGACUCAAGUCGGAUGAGAAGACAAAAGCUGCUCCAAGUAUUGGAUUAGUCCCGAUGGAUCUCGAGUCCCAAGAACAGAUCACUACGCCCAUCAAUCGAACCUUCACCCUCUUCCCAAACCUUCCUCUCGAGCUCCAGCGCAAAAUAUGGAAGUUCGCCGCAAUCCCAGUUUCACGCGCGAUUGAAAUUCAGUGCAGACGAAUGAAAGAUAUUAGGCAUCCCAUAACCAAGUUCUUCUUCAAAUCCUUCAUCAACCCACUUUGGAUUCAAUAUUGCACAACGAAAACCCCUAUCCCAACGCCCCUUCUCCAUACCUGUAGCGAAUCUCGCAACCUCGCUUUGCGAAACUACUGUUUUCAUUAUCUGCUCAAUCGACCAUUCUACUCCAAUGUCGAUACGGAAAUUUUAUGGAUGAGAGGUCAUGCUAUUUUCGGGUUCGUGCGAAGAGGCAAUCGUGUGGGUUUUAUGGGUCCGCAGGAUGAUCAAUAUGAAUUUUGGUUAUCGAGAUAUAACUUCCGUUUUCUUGCUAUCGAUCAUCAAUCCCGGCUGAUCAUCCAUAACAAGGGGCAGUUUACGCAGACAGAGGAGAUCUUUUCUUGGAAUAUGAACUUUUGGAAGAGAUACGUAUUGGAAGCGCCGACGGUAGAGAAAGUUUACUUGGUAUACAACCAGCGGGAGAAGCGAACAGAGGCGUUGGAGGAAGCGAAGACAUUGUUUGAGCAUGGGAAAAUCGUCAUGGCGCAAAGCUCUCAGUAUGCUGAUACCCAAGUGCCGAGUAGAUAUUAUUGUAAAUUUACGGGAUUACGGAAAAAAACGGGGCUGGGAUUUAGAGCUCCUCCUGUUGAAGCGAUUUUGGAUACAGAGCUCAUGCAACAAUUUCACUAG